AUGUUAUCAAGUAGCAUUGCUCUUGCCCAUAUGUUCAUCGUCGGCCAGCCUCAAACCUUUGACUUGACAUUGUUAAUCACCGGUCCACCAACCUUCACAUCACUAGCCAUCACCGGCGACGACAUGGCAGGAACUUCCCCACGUACCAAAGCAGAACUAGGGUGCACAUCAGUCCAAGAACUGGUCAUCACCGGCGAUGACCUACCGGAACGGUACAUCUAUAAAGACAGCGACUAUGGAGUCAUGGAUGCCUCCCUUCCACUGAUGAAUAUGCCGAUUAUUGAUAUCGGGCGUCUCAAAUCUUCAUCGCCCACCGGAGAAGAAGAACUUGAAAAUCUGCGAUCAGCUCUCAGCUCAUGGGGUUGCUUCCAGGCAAUAAAUCACGGAAUAGAAAGUUCUUUCCUUGACAAAGUGCGAGAUGUUACCAAACAAUUGCUUGAACUUCCAAUGGAAGAGAAGCAAAGAUACUCCAGAGCACCUGAUGACAUUGAAGGGUAUGGGAAUGACAUGGUUCUUUCAGAUAAUCAAACUCUCGAUUGGACCGAUCGGUUGUUUCUUACAGUAAAUCCUGAAGAUCAGAGAAAGCUCAACUAUUGGCCUCAAAAUCCUGAAGUUUUUAGAGAAACUAUGCAUGAACAUGCCACCAAUUUACGACUGAUAGCAGAGGACCUCCUCAAGGCCAUGGCAAGGUCACUAAACUUGGAGGAGAACUGUUUCUUGAAUCAAUACGGAGAUGCAGCAAUUAUGCAGCUAAGAUUCAACUUCUACCCUCGGUGUCCGAGGCCUGACCUUGUUCUCGGCCUAAAACCUCAUGCAGAUGGAUCAGCAAUUACAAUUGUCUUGCAAGACAUAGAAGUUGAAGGGCUUCAAUUCCUGAAAGAUGACCAGUGGGGGAGGGUUCCUAUAAUGCCUCAUGCACUUCUCAUAAAUGUUGGCGAUCAAAUAGAGAUAAUGAGUAAUGGAAUUUUCAAGAGCCCAGUGCACAGGGUUGUGACCAACUCAAAGAGGGAGAGAAUCAGCCUGGCUAUUUUCUGUAGUCCAGAAUCAGGAAAGGAGGUUGAACCAGUGGAGGGGCUCAUUGAUGACAAGAGGCCAAGAUUAUACAAGAAAGUAAAAAACUAUGUUGACACUUAUUUCCAGUACUACCAGCAGGGCAAAAGACCAAUUGAUGCAGUGAAAGCUAUAAAUCAUGGAAUGACAAGCUCAUUCCUAGACCAAGUCCAUAAUGUGGGCAAACAAUUCUUUGCACUUCCAAUAGAAGAGAAGCAGAAAUACUCGAGAACAGUUGAUGACAUUGAAGGGUAUGGGAAUGAUUCAGUUCUUUCAGAGAACCAGACUCUUGAUUGGACAGACCGGUUGUACCUUAUAGUAAAUCCAGAGGAUCAGAGGAAGCUCAAGUUUUGGCCCAAAAAUCCUGAAAGUUUUAGGGAAACUUUACAUGAAUAUACAGUGAGACUAGGAUUGUUGAAUGAAUUCAUCCUCAAGGCCAUGGCAAGGUCAUUGAGUUUGGAGGAGAACAGCUUUCUGAACCAGUACGGCGACGGCGACCGAGCAACGAUGAUGGCAAG